AUGAUGAAGAUACAACUAUCAAAGGAAAGAACUGAAUCCAUAUUGAAGAACGAAGUGGAAGGAAGUACUGAGGUCAUUCAAUCAACUCCUGAGGAGGUAGAAGAAGCGCUAGUUCUGAUAGAUGAGCUAAAAUACUUUUUGACGACAGCGCCUGUCAAUUGGCAAGAAAACCAGGUUAUCAGAAGAUAUUAUCUCAAUAAUGAAAUGGGAUUUGUAUCAUGUGUCUUUUGGAAUAAUUUAUAUUACAUUACCGGUACUGAUAUUGUAAAAUGUUGCAUGUAUAGAAUGCAAAAGUUUGGAAGGAAAAUUGUGCAAAAGAAGAAAUUUGAAGAAGGUAUAUUUUCAGACUUAAGAAAUUUGAAAUGUGGAAUUGAUGCAACGUUGGAACUGCCUAAAUCAGAAUUUCUUGCAUUUUUAUUUAGAAAUUCAUGUUUAAAGACUCAGAAGAAACAGAAGGUCUUCUUUUGGUUUAGUGUCCCGCACGAUAAGUUAUUUGCUGACGCCUUGGAAAGAGAUUUGAAAAGAGAAGCAUCCGGCCACGCAUCGACUACUAAGGCCACUAACGAGCCAGCAUACUCAUUCCAAUAUGACUCUUAUAUGGGACAAUCUUUAUAUGAUCAAUUAGUCAAGCAUGUUACGAUAAAGAAGAAUACUUUGGAAAGUACGAAUGUGAAGUUAGAAGAUGCUAAAGAAAAUAAUAGAAUGUAUUCGGGUUUUUUGAAAACUGAAGACGAUACCUUGGCGUCACUAUCAGACGAAGAAAAGAGAGAAUCGCGAUCUACGGAUUCGCGGGGGUUGGACCCUAUGAUUAGGACUUUGCAAUCAUCCAGAGAUUCUUCUCCAACGCUAUUUGAUACUUCUGACCCAGUUCAAGCUGAGACUCGACCUUCUAGUAUUCUUAAGCACAAAGAAAGCAUAAACAACGAAAUGAACGAUUUUUCUCUAGAUUAUUUCCCCGUUGAUAUUGACUACUCUAACGAAGAGGAUAAACUAGGCCCUCUAAACUCGGAUAUACUAGAAACGGUUUCUUCGACAAAUAUGUAUGGAUCGAAUGUUAAUCCUUUUGAAGAACAUAUAUUCUCGAAUUUUCAAUAUGGCAAGAAGAACCCAAAUUCCACCACUGGUAAAACGCCGAAGAGCAGUAGAAAAUCAAGAGAUUAUACCCAGGAACUUUUACAACUUGACGGGUUGGAGGAGAACGAACCACUUAAAAUGAAUGAUAGAAGAAAAUCUACUAAAGGCUAUGAAAAUAUGUUCAAUCCCAAUCAACGCUACGGAAGUUAUGAGGCUAUGCGCACUGCAAAUUUAUAUCAGUCUCCCGGCUAUAACCAAUACCCUACGGAGAUUCUAGCUCAAACGAUAGAGCAACCCAUGAUCGGUUUCGAAGGCAUUUUUACUCCACAGAACGUAUAUAAUAAAGAGUUUCAGGCCGAACCAUUUGAUUGGAAUUUAUUACAGCCAUCGCCAGCCCACGCCAUUAAUUCUUAUACACCUGGUUUCAGGCCCGCAAAUGCGUACCCAUGGGCUCAGGGUCCUUUUGUCUCUGUGGGAACACCAGCAAAUUAUCCAAUGUAUUAUCCCCAGAAGACACCAAAAUUCGUAAGAAGACCCUUUAUGAUAAAUCAACCAAACUCAUCAACAGGUAACCAAUUUUCAAGACAGCGGAAAGUCACAAAACCGGCACAUCGCUCCUCAGAAUCAUAUACUAGGGAAAGUAAGUCAAGCAUUCAAGAUAAGAUUAAGGAAAGUGCCAAGCAAUUACAGGCUAAUAUACAAAAUAAGACAUUAGAAAAGUCGUGGCAAAAAUAA